AUGGCCCACUUGAGCCGAACGAGGCUCAGGCCAGGGUCAAAGUGGGAGAAAUUGGCGCCUGGCAAGCAAAUGGACGCAAGAAAAGGGGCUUACCUGCUGUACUUGUCGCCUCAGUUGGACAGAGUCGGGUCGGCGAGACACGGCCUCUUUAUAAAGGUCGACCGGAAUGAAGGCCUGGCCGGAGCACACGCCCAGGUCAGGCUACACGGACAGAGAGUGAUACAGUCGCCCGGCCAACGGUCUUCCCGUUCCUGUCAGUACAGCCCAUUUGCCCAAUUUACAUCCGUCUACCCAUCCGCAUCCGAUUGA